GUCAAUGAUUCACUGUUCGAAAUAGCAACUGAAUGCCAGGAUAUUCCACGCCAUCAAAAAACCUAAGAGAAAAAAUUAGUUGGGAAACAUGGGGACUUGUAAAGAUCUAUGUAUUUUUCUAUUGUACACCUACCAUUUUUUCUCACAUUUAUCCAUUGGAACAGGGGAAGAAAGUGCUGACAUUCCAUUAUCCCACAGAAGAAGCGCCAGAGAUGUAUGGUCAGCUCCACCUCAAACUGUUGACUGCCGUCUAGGUCAGUGGUCUGAAUGGUCUUCAUGUUUCCCAUGCCAAGAAAGCAAACACAGGUUCAGGAGCCUGGAUCAGCCAGCGAAGUAUAAUGGACGUAUUUGUAUCGGGACACUUAUGGAAACAAUGAAAUGCAAAACCGCAGAUAAAUGUGUCCAACCAAAUAUUUGUGGAUCUGAUUUUAAAUGUGAAGAAACAGGUCGAUGUAUUAAGAGACAACUGGUUUGCAAUGGAGAGCUAGACUGUACAGAUGGCUCGGAUGAGAGGGAUUGUGAUGUUCCAGAAGACGAGACAUUCUGCAGACAACUUUUCUCGAUUCCUGGAUCAGAGAAAGCUGUGAGAGGGUUCAAUAUACUCACCAAUGAUUAUGCACAGAAUGUGUAUGAUAACAGAUAUUAUGGGGGUCAGUGUGAGUAUAUCUACAAUGGAGAAUGGAGGGAAUUAAAAUAUGACCCUACAUGUGAACAGAUGUACUAUGCCGAUGAUGAAAAAUACUUUAGAAAACCAUACAACUUUCAUGUAUACAAAUUCCUUGCCCGAGCAGAUACUGGACUAGCAUUUGAGGUUUUCGAAGAUUCAAGAGAAUUGCUUAAUGCUAUUAAGCGAGGUGGUUCUUUUUCUUUAGGGUUUUCUUUCACUGUUAAGCCUGCAGAAUCACCUGUUGGAUUGGAAGCUGGUAUAACAGGCAGGAUGUCAUAUGAGCGUCUGAAAAAUAUAACAACCUAUAAUGCCAAGAAUUUAAGGUUUAUGCGUCUUAUUACCAAAAUUCAAACAGCUCAAUUUAAGAUGAGACGGAAUUCCAUUGUUAUAGAUGAAGACAUGCACCAGUCACUGAUGGAGCUCCCAGAUCAGUACAACUAUGGCCUUUACUCAAAGUUUAUUCAAGACUACGGAACUCAUUUCGUAACAUCUGGAAUCAUGGGCGGCACUCUUGAAAAUAUUCUUGUGCUUGACCAUGAAAUCAUGAAAAAGAAAGAAAUUGAAUAUUCAACAAUCACACGUUGUAUUGGUGGUCAUCUUGGCCUAACUCUACAAUCAGAAGAUAAACAAUUGGAGGGUGCAUUGAAAAUAAAAGGAGAGCAUUGUAAAUUAGUGAAUGAGUAUAAUGAAGAUGAAACCGGAAGUAACAGCUUUAUAAAGGAUGUUAUCACCAAUAUAAAAGGUGGAGAUACUGCAUCAACGGGUGGAUUAAUGCAUUUUUUUGAUGUGAACACAUAUCGUUCCUGGGGAAGGUCUUUGAAGUAUAAUCCAUCACUAAUUGAAUCCGAGGUACAGCCUAUAUACGAAGGUCUACGCCUAACAGGUAUCUCUGGAAUUGAGACAAAGUUAAAAAACCUGAAGACAGCAUAUGAUGUGUUUCUGAGUGAGUUUAAUGCUUGUCGAUGUGGCCCGUGUCAAAAUAAUGGUGAACCAGUGCUCGAUAACAAUGCGUGCACCUGCCUGUGUCCUGGAGGAUAUAGUGGUCCAUCGUGUGAAGAGACAUUACGCAGAGGUACCAAAGUUGAUGGCAGCUGGAGCUGCUGGUCUUCCUGGUCAAGUUGUCAGUAUGGAAAACGCCAGAGGACAAGGGCAUGUAACAACCCAGGUCCCCAAAAUGAUGGGAUGCGGUGUAUUGGGAAGGAUGUUAACAAAGUAUCCUGUUAGAGAGUUAGUUUAAACUAACAUUACCCUGAAACCAUACACUAGGGACAGGAGAAUGUGACUCCACAAAUCCUCAAUAAUCACCGAAUAUAGGAACUGUUAUUUACAAAA